AUGUACAUCGCCCCAUUUUCAGGAACGCAGGGGGUCUCAGUUGCCAUUAGCAAUCUGCUCACAGACCCCAUUGCUGGUCUUCCAGAAAGAGUCAGAAAUGCAGUGACCUAUGAUGACGUGCAUGUCAACUUCACUUUGGAAGAAUGGGCUUUGCUGGAUCCUUCCCAGAAGAAUCUCUACAAAGAUGUGAUGGGCGAGACCUACAGGAACCUCACUAGUAUAGGAUACAGUUGGGAAGACCAUAAUAUUGAAGAACAUUGUCAAAGUUCUAGAAGACAUGAAAGGUAUAUUAUACAUUACUUUGGAUACAAGCCACGUGAGCAUAGGGAUGUGAAAAAAUACAACAUACCUCCCACUCUCAGAAAAGAUAGAAGAUAUGUAGCAGUCCCCAUGCUGAGUAUACUUGUUGAAUUUCAUAUAUGA